UGUGGGUUUCAAUGUUCUUCCACGCAUGUCUGACCAGAUUAAGUAUGCCAAUACACUAUUUUGUGAGGCUGGUAAAGCCGCCAGUUCGUAUGCAUUACAAAAAUCAACGAAAUCGCCCCAAAUUGCCUUUAGUUUGCGAUCAUAUGAUGACUUAG